GCCACCACUCUGUAGCAGUGAGUGGCUGCAACAAAAAACACAGAAUAACAUCCCUGACUCUCCGCUCUGCAUUUUUUUCCUUUCUCCGCAUCUCGGCAAGCAGAGGAGGAUUUUGCUCACAGCUCUGCAGCGGCAAUGCUGAGACUGCGCUGGCAUCGGGAGCAGGAUUUCUGGCUGCCAUCAACAAGUUUCGCUUGGAAGAUAACGACCAUCCGAGAGGAACACUUUAUCUCCUAUUGAACAUUUGAUUUUUUUUGACGGCCGUGGGAAGAGAAGAAGGUUAAAAGAAGAAAAGAGAGGAAGGGGAGUCCAUACACUGAGACGCAGUGGACAAAACUGAUCAACUUAAAAAAAUAUUAUAUGUCAUUAGAGUUUGAGGAAUCGAUGGAUUGAGGGACCAUCCGAAUCAUUUUUCUUGAGGCUGGACAUUUCAUGAUCAAAGUGGAAAAUUAAAGGAAUUAUCAUCUAUGGACAUGGAAAUUCAUGUUUUAUUUCACUAUGCCGAGCUUAGAAUCACCUUCUUUCGAAAGAAGCUGAUUUCUUUUGUGCUUUCUCAAAAGGGUUUUUUCCCUUUGGAUUUUUCUUCCGUCUGGUUGCUCCAAAAGUCGGCGGAAAAGGACAGUUGAAUGCAGCCUCCGAUGUGCACAAAAGAAUGGGUUUCCAUUCAAGGUGGCCAUUGGUGGGACCUGCACCGGCGGCUCUGGGUCUGUGUGUGAUCAGCAUGCUCCUAGUGUGCCUGCUGCCUCCGUCAUCGUGCACAACCUGCCCUCAAAAAUGCCGCUGUGAGGACCUGCAGUUCUACUGCGACACCCAGGGACUUCAGGCACCCCCAGACGGUGUAGACAAAGGGGCAUUGGGUCUGUCGCUACGCCACAACAGUAUUACCGAGCUAAGUCCUGAUCAAUUCUACGGCUUUAGUCAGCUCACCUGGUUACAUCUUGAUCACAACCAGAUCACCACAGUUCAAGAGGAUGCCUUCCAGGGCCUCUAUAAACUUAAGGACCUUAAUCUGAGCUCCAAUCGUAUCACCAAGUUGCCCAACACAACCUUCAUUCACCUCAUCAACCUUCAGAUUUUGGACCUGUCCUUCAAUCAAAUGACAGCUUUGGAGCCGGAAUUGUUUCAUGGACUAAGAAAACUACAAAUACUUCACCUACGAUCCAACCUGCUUCGCACCACACCAGUGAGGGCUUUCUGGGACUGUCGCAGCCUGGAGUAUCUAGGGCUCAGCAGCAACCGACUGAGGAGCCUGGCCCGAAAUGGAUUUGCUGGGCUCAUUAAGCUUAAAGAGCUCCAUUUGGAGCACAAUCAGCUGACAAAGAUCAACUUGGCCCAUUUCCCACGCCUUGUUGCUCUUCAGUUCUUGUAUUUGCAAUGGAAUAAGAUCAAUAACCUAACCUGCGGCAUGGAGUGGACAUGGACCACUCUAGAGAAACUGGACCUAACAGGAAACGAGGUACGCAUCUUGACACCCGAUGUGUUCCAAACUCUGCCAAAUUUAAAGGUUUUGCUCUUGGAUAACAACAAGCUCAACAGUCUGGAUUCCCAAGUGUUGGAUAUGUGGCAGUCCCUGGGUACAAUUGGGCUGUCAAGCAAUCUUUGGGAAUGUACCAAAAGGAUUUGCUCACUGGCUACUUGGCUAAGUACCUUCAAGGGUAGGUGGGAGCAUUCCAUUCUCUGCCACAGCCCAGAAUAUGCCCAAGGUGAGGAGAUACUUGAUGCCGUUUAUGGAUUCCAGCUGUGCCAGAAUUUUUCCGCACCGGUUGUUCAAACUAUUAGCACGACUACAGAUGCUACUACAGCUGCAGACUUCACCAGCUCCUUGUUUGGGAUUAUGCAGCCAACAACAACACAAGACUAUGCAGAGGAGUUUGGAAGCUUUACCACAGUCACCACCACGACGACAGCCACUACACAAACACCAGACAACGAUCCAGCGAGUACCACUGCGAUGGAGGACCAAGCUGUGACAGAUGACUUCUCAACAAUGGACAACACCGUCAUGACUCACAGGGUCAUCAUAGGAACUAUGGCCCUGCUGUUUUCAUUUUUUUUCAUCAUUUUCGUUGUCUAUAUCUCACGGAAGUGCUGCCCUCCAACCCUUCGUCGGAUACGCCACUGUUCUGCCAUCCAGAACCGUAGACAGAUGAGGACCCAGCAGCGCCAGCCUAUGGCAGAUCUUGCUACACAGGUACCCUAUAAUGAGUAUGAGCCCAGCCAUGAGGAAGGAGCAUUGGUUAUUAUCAAUGGCUACGGGCAGUGCAAGUGUCAGCAACUGCCUUACAAAGAGUGCGAAGUAUGAACUCUUAUUUAUUCCCAGAGCAUAUGGUAUGUCAUUUGACCAUUUCAGACUAUACAGGGUUUUGCUUUUUUAUUUUCCAGUCAAUGUAAAAAAAAAAAAAAGUAUGAUUUUUACAAGUGAAGUAUGAGAUUAUGUGAGAAGUGACAACAGUGGACAUGACAGAUGAGGGGAGAUGCUGAGAUAGUCACAAAUUUAUUUUUCUAUGAAUGCAAAGGUUGUUCGUAUCAGGCAGGGGCAAUCAUUUUAAUGAAGAAAAUUGUGAACUGUGGAAAUUGUCUUUACAUUGUCUAUAUUUUGGAGCAAAGAGAGCAAACACUUGUCAAAUGUACAUGUAUGCCGUAACAAAAACAUGGAUGGAAAACUUGUUUUACAUCUUUCUUAUUUUUUAAAUGACUGAAAUAUCACCUUAGUGCACCAGGCACUGUUGACCACUCAUCAACAGGUGAUGAAUUCUAGUUUUGAGUUGCCUUUAACAUUUUAAGGGAAACAUAAUGACUCAAUGAAUUUGUGGAAAAACAGCAAAUAUAUAUUUAGGUUUGGUGAUAUGAAAGUUCUUUUAAUACACUUGGUGACCAUUUGGUGAGCCCAUCACUCAAUUUAAAUGUACAUCAUCCAUUUAAACACUUCUCUCAGCUUAUGAUUUUAUUACUUUUGGUUAUCCAUAGAAAAAUAAUUUGCUGUGGGGCCCCUCUGGAGAUAUUAAAAUGGAGCCUGUUCAUUUCAUUGUUGGGCUGUUGCGUCGCUUAACCUGGAGAUGGCAAGAGAGUGAGAUAUGGUCAAGUCACAGGACAUGAUGACCGAGAUGCCUCACCACUUUCAACCGCACAAUUUAUAAGAUGACAAAUACCCACAUCACAAGUGAGGGAAGGCGGUUCACUAAUUGCAAAGCGAAAGGUUACUAGUCUAUUCUGAAAAUAAAACCUUUCCUGCUUCCUUUGGCUCCUUACAGCUGGCACACUAAUCAGAAGUGACAGGCCCAAGAUUGAAGCAAUUAAGGCAAGGCAUAAGAAUCUAAUAUUCUGUCAUCCACACCAGUGAGGCAGCAAUAUGGAGCUUGUUCCGGCACAGGCAUUAAAUUACAUUAGCAUUACUCACAAUCGGACAAUCUUUAUCGUCUGCAGACAUAACCAAGGUCGAAAAAAAGGAAAAACAUUUAAAAACAGCCGUAAAUAACUUUGAUAGCAGUUUCAAAUUGGUGCCAAAGGUGUCAAGUUAAACUCCAAUACCUUAAAAGCAAGUGAAGAUCCAAUGAUAAGAGAACAGCAGGUCUGGGUCAGGACACAUUUGUAUGCAGGAGGGAGAGGAUAUGCAUUAGCAUCAGACUAAAGCUGCUGCCGCAGCUCCGCACUGCUUUGUACUUGGUUUCGUGGUGGGGGCAGGGUGAAAGUAAUAGGGACUAAAACACAGCUUGUACGGUCAAAAGGGAAACAGAGGGAUAACAAAUUAGCUUCAAAUCACACGGAACAUUAAACCUGGCUGGUCAUAGCCAUGAGCCAGACUGGAUUUCACUCGUCGGUUUUCUAGUUGUGAAAUGUUCCUUCAUUUCUUAUCUGUACAUAAUGACAUUUUCCGAAAGGUUCAACUUUGUGCCACGUUAACCCAGAUAUCCCUCAAAAGCAACCAGAAGGUCUAUAUGUCAAUAGCCUUUCUGACAGACUGUGAAAAUUGGGACUCUGUCUGAACCGUUGUUUGGACGUGUCUGAGCACAUGUUCUUUACAGACAACUGGAAUCUUUGUCAAAACCUGUCAUCGAAAAUGACUACACAGCAAGUUUGAUUUAAUAUAAAAACAGUCACAUUUGCGGAUUACAUUAACCGUCAACGCCAAAUAUGUCAACUUUAACUUUGUUUUCUUCCAGCUUUGCCUUUACUACAGCCCUUCCAAACUGUCUUGCAUGUUCGGAUUUCAAAAUUUAGUUGAACACUUUUUGUUGUUCUGCCAAGAGACCUCCAUUUUGAUGAAGAACAGAAAUAUGUGUGCGAUUUUACAAGGCUCUGCCAUCAUUUCACUGUAAAGACACCAAGUGAACAAAAAACUCAUUUUUGUAAAAAAAAAAAGAAAAAAAGAAAAAAGGGAAAAAAGUGAAAACAAAAUGCAUCCUUUUGCACUCUUGCUCUUUGUAAAGUGUUUCAUUUCUCUUGUUAUCCACUGGCCCUUCUCCUCACCCUGCUGAAAAGGUUAUAUUAAAGCAAGUGAAAUAUCCAUCUCCUUCACAACCUCUUUGUGCAAUUUGAAUGCUUUUCUCAAUAGUUUUCCUUUUUGUUUGUAAUUGUAGAAUUUCAUAUCUGUAUAGUGGAAAAUAUGUGCCAAAAGGGACAAAAAAAACAUCCCCAUAAAACUCUAUUUUUAAAUAAAAAUGCUUAUAAUUUACAUUGUUUGACAAGUAAUGGUGACCAGUUGGUGUUUCACAUUUUCGUGUGCUCAAGGAACAAACCACCACACCAGUUUUUAAGUGACAUUAGGUCACUACUAGUUAUUAUCCACUGACUCUCCACUUUAGCGCAACAUAGUGUGUCACAAUCAAUACACUAAACACAUGGUCAAUGUGUUCAUGUUGAUCAACAAACCGAUCAUACAUCCACAAAUUAAAUGUCUCAACUGAUAUGAAUUCACCGACCAUCGAAUGUAGGCCAGAUCCAAAAACUUAGAAUUUGCUUUCUGAAACGUGCCGACUCAUUGUUCAAGCAGUUGAUAAUGCAAGCAAACUGAACAUCUUUCAGCUGAUGACCCCGUUGUCCCUUAAAUUCGCAAAUAUACUGAAAACAGAUCUUUUUUUUUUUUUCAAAGCAGGAUUACUGGCAGAGUCCAAUAUGAAUAUUAACAGGAAACAUUUGGACUCUUUUUACUGAAAUAAAGAGACAUCUCCAGCUGUGACGAGCAGGGCCACUCAUACAGUGCUGAAGCCCACGUGUGGGCCAUGAGUGUGCUUAAACAACACAGACGUUGACUUUGUUUAUGAACUAAAUUAGACAGAUUUAUAAAUACAUACAACCCAUAAGAAUUUCUGAAAACAUUAACAAUUGUCAUUUUGUAACCCAUUAUGACUGUUGCCAAUUUAAAGACGAGAGCCACUAUAUGGGAAACAUUUCUAUACAUAUAGUUUAAUACAGAAUUUUGUUAAAUGGUCCUGAACAACAAUUUGUUGAUCUAUUUUAUAAAAUCUCACAACUGGUUCACAAUGACCAUGGAUUGAACACCAGCAAAUGAUCUGAGAAUCCACAUUUCUAACGCAACUUAAAUGUAAACAGAAUUUCCUACUACAAGUAAACAUACAUUAUUUUGCUGCCAGUAUCUACCCUGCCUGUCAUGUAUACACAUAUAUAUGGUUUAAUGUCCAACAUAACUUUUUGGAAGUCUAAAAUGCAAAGCACCACGACAGCACAAUGAUGAGCACAGGCAAAUGCAGCCCUGUAGUGUCAGCAGUAAUGUAAGAGACCACAAGCUGCAAGAUGAGCAUCAAUAUUUCCAAAAUGGCCUUUACAAGUCUCCUGAGCGCAACUCCAGAGAUGACAAAAGUUUAAAGAAUGCCCUACUUAACCGUCUCCCUUCUAACGAUUUAGUAAUCCCCUGUGCUACACACACAAGUGCUAGACUGCCCUUUUGGACUCGUUUUUUCCCUACAAAUCAUCUAAAUAGAAAAAAAAAUCUAAAUAUCAGAACAGAGAAAAAAAGGCUCUGUCGCUUUCACUGUGUUGAAAUAAAAAUGUAUUAAAUGCAGUUCAAAGAGCAAUUGUCAGUCCUUUAACAUGUCAGAGAAGCAUUACAUCACUCUAAGCUUCUCAAACGAAAAUGCACAGGGAACCACACAUGCAUUAUUAAUAAGGGGUGGCAGAAAGAUUAACUCAUCACGAGUCAUAUUUAACCAUCAUCACAAUCAGGAAUGAUUCAGGUCAGCGUGUGUUUUACAGUCACUUGCUUGGUAGAGAAGCACCAGUCUCUUCAGAUGAGCAUCAUGUUCAAUAAAAAGGGGGCAGGGACUGUGCUCUUAAAAAAAAUAAAAAAUUAAAAAAAUAAAAAAAUCAACAAUAUGAGACCAUAAAAAUGAACGCAAUACUUCGCGAUUAUGAUGUAAACUACAUCUGUCAACUACAUUCCUUGGGGUCUUUGCAGGGGCAUAAUUUAGAGGAAAAUAAUAAUCUGGAAAACUAGGGUAAUGAUCGAACAGAGUCAUUUACUUCAUGUUCUACAAAAUUACUUGAUGUUCCUCUUGGAAUCAACGACUUAACCGACAACCUGUGAUGGGAGCGAACAGCAUAUUCAGCAUGAAGUCAGUCCAACUGUGUGGUAGAAAUUGCACCACUUUGAAGUCACUAUGACAACUGCACUGGGGCAGGUGUGCAGCAUUUUGCCUCAGAAGUUGGGACUAGUAGCAGAGGAUGACCUCACAACCGGAAAAGUCAACCUGAAUCACAUUCCAGAUGCUGAUUCAGAAGGAAAGAUGCAUUUGUCACUCACAUGUCAAUCCAAUGGGGCAAAUAUGUUAGUAUGGAUAUUCUACAGAGAAAUGACAGCAAUAGCUCAAGAUUACUGUGGUGUAGGUACAAAACCGAGUAAGGGCCAGGGGGUCAUUAUUCAGACUUCAGCAUCAAAUCCUCUGAUGGUGAUGAGGCGGACUCAUCAGGACACUGUCGAUGAUUUAUGAACCAUCACUUCUCUAAACCUGUAGAACACACACAACAAACGAUGUCCCGUCGUGUUCACAUUCACCAGACGUAUUUUUGUUCAUGGAAAGAUAUAAUUUUAAAUCAAAACUACACAAUGACAUGAUGAUAGUUAAAAUACAUUAGGACCUUUAGCUGUUUUACAAAACAGUUAAUUUGAAAGUCCAAAUGAUGUUACCACACCGACAGUCUGAGGCCUCCAUAGAGGCAUGAACCAAAUUCACAACUGGAACCAAGAGCAUAUUGACUGGCGCCUGGUGGAGUGAUGCAUGAUUGAACACACGCACUUACUCUUGCUCAAAUAGAUGAGGAGCUGUUGUGUGCUGUCCACAGUUGACAAUGUUUAGGGAUUUUGAUUUUAAUGCCGCUAACAUUACGGUGCAGUCUUGUGAGAAUUAAGAUUCAUAAAAUAAAACUGUGACAUAAAAGAUGGACAAAAAUCCACAAUUAAGGAUCCUUAUGAGACAAUACAAAAGACAAAGAAAUAGAGGAGGCAAAGUACAGGUUGUAGCUUCAGGGGGGCUAUGAAGCAGAAGGGAUGGGACAUAGAGUUAGGAGUUCAUCCAACUGCCUCAAAUGUGACUGGGAACCCAUAUGCUGAAACAACAUCCUUUUUACUACUUCCAUAUGCAUAGCUAAAAAAACAGUUUCUGGGCAACCACACCUGCUUACAAUCAAUUUAAGUUAUCCUGCAAUUCAAUAAAAGCAAACUAAUAUUGAUGUGUUCCACAGGACCACUUGCAAAACAUAACCGCAAUUCAAUUGCUAUUUUUACAUGAAAAAUGUGGAAAAGUGCAGCUAGCGCUCCAGUAAUGGUAAAUGAAAUACCAUAUCAUAUUAGCGACUUAGGCUUGCAAAGCUCAGUUCCUUCCAAGAAUAUUAUUUCCAUUGCAAAUUUGUUUUCUGACAUAUGUUAUCAAUCUUUUGGGGAUCAAGACAAACAAAAAACAUCCAAGCCGAAGCACAAAUUAAAUGUAGCCGAGUCAAUUUAUAUUGAAGAACAAACAGCUGGGCAAACAAACCAAAUGGAGAAUAAGCAUUAAGACUGAAAAUAAACAAUCUUUUCACCCAGCACAUACAAGUCACAUUAAAGAAAUGUCAGCAGUGCAAAUUACUCAUCGAUUAUUUUUGAGUGAAACUGAAAAGGCACAGAGCAUCUUUUUCAAUCUGAAAUACUUAAUACCCAUCUUUGUGGUGAUAGGUGCGCGUGCACUUGCAUAGCUAUACUAGCUAGGACCAAUUCUCGAAAACACACAUGUAGUUGUGAGGACAUUUUACUGUGAGGGGACAUUUUUGAAAACUUCGAAAAAACCACAUUGUAAUCGGGUUUGGUUAAGUGUCCAGGUUAAGGUUAGCCAUAGCGGUACAAGUGUGUGUGAGGGAGCAUUUACAGUUGGAGGAUGGACCGUUCGUAUUUAAACUUGAGCAGGCACUAAUGUUGACAGUCAACAGGCUAAUGUAGUCAGAACCAGUAACAUUCAAGAGGACAAGUGGAAUGAGACUUACAUUGCCCAUGUAUUCUGACAGCAGAUCCUGAAGAGCUUGGCGCACAGAAUUGCAUUCAGCUACAAUGCGCUCCCUGCGGUCAUCACGCGUGCAACCUGAGUCGGCCAUGAGGGCAGCGCCGCUGAUAAUGCUCUCCAGGCGCUCCUCCAGGGAUGGACGGAAGCGUUCCUCGCUGAAAGCCAGGGGGUCCACAAUGAUUUGUUUCUGCAAGGAACAUGUCAAAGGGGAAAUUACACAGAGAGGUAAAAUGCAAGAAGUCAUCAUGAAACACUGAUCUCUGGCCUUGUGUUCCAAGAAUGAAACUUGACAAGAAGGCAGGUUUGACACUCUGACUCCAAGGUCCAGUAAGCAAAGCAGCAGUGCAAGACUGGAUUAAAACAAAAACUACACACAAUCAACUAAACUGGACAGUCAGAUUGCGCGAAACAUUUCAUCUUUUGAACUUGUCUGUCGACAUCAGUGCUUCUGUGAAACAGCUCUUUUGUAUGGUGGAUGUUUUGUUUUAGACGCUGAUUUAUUUUUGUCAGACACAUUAAUCAAAAAGAGAGGAUUUUAUGUACAAAUGUUAAUGCAUAGUAUCACUAUUCGUAGCACUUUUACGGACAUGUAUUGAUCCAUUUUGGCAAAAAUAAUCGACAAAAGCAUUCACACAAUAUGAGCUGGUAUUUGCAGGAGGAGUAACUCUUGUGUAACUGUUCCUUCGAGAGAACUUAUAUUGGCUAUAUAUUCUUUCUAGUCCGACCAACCACGUCUGUAGAGCAAAGAGCAAAGUUAAUUCUAUGGAGGAGGAGACCUGCUCAGAGGUUGUCUUGCAGUAAACACACAUAUUAGGUGAAAAAGGUCAUUUUCAAAGACCAAAUAAAAGUGUCUUGUAAGUGCUUCAACAAAAUACUCAACAAUUAGGCUGUUAGAGUGUAUGGUAUAUUAGAUAGCCUUCCCACUAUCACAGCCACCUACAACCCCCUCCAUUCCGUUUUAUCUGACCUCCUCUGCUUGCGUUUUAAGAUUACUAUGGCAACUGGAACACGAGAGACACGGAGGAGGAAACGAGGAAAGAGACAGACAGAGAAAUGAGGGGGCUGAGUCAUUUGCUAAUUUAGCCCUGUGCUGAAAUUUGGGCAAGAGGCCCCAUCAGACGUGUGUGUUCAACGACAUACUGCUGGAAAAGAGCUCUGGGCAUUUAUCGAGGCUGUUACUGUGGGUGAUGUAACGCCAAAUGUUAGCUCCAAACACUAUAUGAAAAAGAAUUGCAGGCACUUGUGGGUUACUCAAAAUUUACUCUGUGAUAUCCUCCAAGAUAGUUUUCAUGUUAAUUGAAGGAAGGCUCUACCACUCUCCUCAUUCCACUCUUUGUUCUAAAGAGCACUGCAGUCUGGAUCAACUCAUCAUGGCCUACAUUCCAGAAUUCAUCAGCAAAAUAAGUGAAAAACGUUUUUCAGGAAAUGUUGAUAACAAAGAAAAAAAGAUCAUUACAUAUUAUGCUGCACACAACCACUGCCAUCCACCCUGCACAUUGGCUUUUCCUACUCUAUUACUACUUUCUAUUUAUAUUAUAUUAAUGUUUUUCCUUCUGAUCAUCCAUUGUCAUCCUCUGAUUUCAUCACUCAAUUCAGUAGUUCAAAAUGAUGGUUUCCAUUUUAUAACUGUGAGAAACGUCUUGACUCCUCACCCUUAUGCUCCAUUAACUGUAAAAAAGUUUCUUUGUAGCUAUUAAAUAUUCUGACUGAAGUAAGGCAAUAGAGUCGCUAAUCAUCUUUGAAGUGAAUCGCAGCAGGAAACAAUUACGUGAUUAACACAGUGUUGCAUCAAGAUGUCUCCCUCAUUACCUUCAACAUCAACAUUGGCAAAAACAAUGAAGAUAAGCAUCACUUUAGUGCUUCAAAGAGAACAGAAGAAAAGAAAACAUUAAAUCAGAAUGUUGUCCAAAAUAAAUGCUGGAAGCGGAAAUGAAAGAAAAAAUGUUUUUGUUGGACAUGAAAACUAGAUCUAAAAAAAAUUUCCUCCAACUGUCAGAUGCUCUGUAGUUUGAGGAAAAGUAACAGCAGUAAAAAUAUAGCUGUGAAGAAAAUGAGAAACUAAUAAUUUGACUCACAUCAAAAUUGUUGAGGGCGUAGGCCAGUUCUCCACCUCCUGCUGGUUGACUGAGCAAUGAGUCUUCAGUGGCAGUGGCCUGUGCAGCAUUGGAGAUGCCUGAAACUGCAUGUUGCAGCUGCUUGUAUAUCAGGUCACGGUUGGCCUUAUAGGCAGCCACGUCAGGAUGCUGCAGGCAAGCGCGGGAAGCUGUAUAAAGCAUCGGGAUGUUCCUUUGCAGGACACCGCGAGCCGCCGCCAUUUGGUCCUUAUGGUGGACAUCCUUAAGCUCCUAAAAGGAUGAGAAGAAAGAAAGAAAGAAAACAAAGGUUUAGACGUGAAAGACAUGGGGUGGGGGGGGAGUUGGAACGUACUUCAGACUGAAAAUGUUCUGCCAUGCCCUUAUGGAGGCACUAAGUGUGACAGUUUGUUCUGGAUGACCCAGAUUUACUUCUGUCCCCUGCGGUAACAGAGUCAUAAUCAGGCCAUUAUCAUAUGCCUUUGCUAUUUAAUGUGUUGCUAUUCAAACUUCAGCAUUAUGCUGCAAUUACAUAGUCAUAGGAAGGAAAGGAAUAGGAAAUUGGAGGCAUGGAUUUUGGUAUUAAAAUAGCAGCCUACAUACAAACACUGUGAGCCACUGCUGCAUGUAUAAAAUUACUGGCUGGGUUUUCUGAGAAUCCAGGCGUUAUCUAGGAACAUGUGUUUCAGAGGACGCUAAAAAAAAAAAAUCACAUCUCUACAUUUUUAUUUGGCUGCCUAGAGCUGGAAAGGCAGAGAUUUUUAUCAUCAUCAUUCACAGCAUUUAUGAAUUGACCAACCCGACAAGCUGAUUAUUAAGUAGAGUUAAGUGGGCUUUUUAUAAUAAGAUGAAAAAAUGCAUUAGUCUUGAUGUUAUAUGAUGAUUCAUUGUUUGAAGCAAGCAUUGCAUUUUCUGUUGAAAACUAGUUGAGUUUAUUAAAGUGUGUCUGCUGCAGAGACAGCCAUCGGCAUUUCUAAACCCACGUACAUCCGAUAGUCAGGCAGCUUUAAAAACAGACAAUCAUGCCACACUAGGUACAACAUCCAGUUGCUUGUUCAGACUAUUUUUAAGACACAUUUUUCAAUAACCAAGAUAACACACCCUUUAACUAGUGAAAUAAAACUGAGAAAACACAUUGGGUGCAAGCGCUUCAAUAACAAGCCAGCAAAAGUGGCGACUACAGUCAUUCACUGACAACUUUGAACAUUUUUGGACUCAUAUUACAUGUAUACUGUAAACCAACCUGCUGUCUUUUGGCUGCCAUCAUGUUCAACUUGUCCACCUCCGGUUUCAGGGCCUUGUAUUGGAUCCCAAGGUCUUGUUCAGUGCCAGCAUUGCGUACUUUGACCAAACUGUCCUCGACCUACAUCAGAUAGAGAAUCUUAUUUAAAAAAACAUUUCCAAAAAAGAAUGACAUUUUAAAAAAGAAAGAAAUUUACAUUAUAUGGCGUUUUUAUGCACACACCAAAUAAGCAAAACCUUAAAUAAGAGGUUAUGUGACAAUUUCAGACAACAGUUUUGAUCUUGAAAGUCUCACCAAUUUUAGCUGCAGCAGAAGUUUGUAGACAUCUGACAUGUCUGCCAGCACCAACAGAUGUGUGACUGCUGACAGGAGGGCCCUUGCUGCACGAACCAUAUUGCCCCGUUUCACAGAGGAACAUGGGUCUUCUGCAAAUUCCCCCGAAGCUUGCUUCAUGGAUUCACCUGAGUGCAUAAAUGAAUAUAUUCAAGAAGCAUUCUAGCUACUAGAUUCAAACAGGUGUGUGAAACCCUUAAUAAAGUUUCUGAGAAAAAUGUGCGUCCUCAUGAAACUGAAGACAGAAAACAUCAAUGUACAAUUGUAUUAUAAGGAGACAUUAUUAGGUACAUCAUUUAAAAAAAAUAAUGAAUUUUGACGAAUUAAAUAUUUGUUGAAUUUUCUACAGAAUGAGAGGCCUGGUUUAGACUGGAGGUAGUGAACAAAAUUCUGCCUACUGACUAGAUAAAGGAGCCAGUGUCUUGGAAGACAGGAGGAUGAAUGUAUAGAGCCAAUUGUCUCGUGCACAGUUGAACCUCAGUUGUGUGUGGGGCUGGGUGAUUCAGCCAUGCGCAAAGCAUCUCUUUUCAGUUUAUGCUGUGGCCAUGACCAAACUAUAUUUAGCACAGGGAAAUAUAAUGGAACUACCAAUAAAUUUGCUUUAAAAAUAAAAGUAUGUGUAAUAUUAGGAAUAAACAGUGCAAAAUGUUAAGCAUUCAGCCAAAAAAAUGUGGUGUCAAGGGUCAGCCCAAAAUAGCAUAACCAGAAAUAUGAGCAAUAAAGCAAUGUUUUUCAUGAAACAAAGCACAUCCAGUUUGGCAAUAACAUUACCACUUUGCGUGCUCAUCAAGUUCAUCAAGGUUCACUGCUUGAAUAAAUAACCAAAGAGAGAGGUCUACUCUCAUUUGCAAAAAAAAUCCUAAAUACAUAAAUAAUGUGGAGCAAAAAUUAAUAAGAAAGCAUCUUUUAAUUAUUAAGUACGCUCAAACAAAUACUGCAUUGCCAACGCCACUAACCUUCAAGCUGCAAUUCCCCUGUGACCAAAAUCAAUAAGGCCAUUUACAGGGGCAGAUAGUGAUCAGCGGUCCUUUAAUAAACUUCAAUCCAUCUAUUGCUCACCUGUGACACACUAAGUGCAUGGUAAAAUGAUUAAAAUGUAUAGCUACAGCAUGAAGCCCAGCCCGAGGGACGACCACGGAAGGCCAUAAAGAAAAAAAAAAGCCCACCAUCAUUGUAUAUCAUAAGAUAUGACAAUAAAAAAAAUGUAAUGUAUGAACUAGUUGAAGAAAAAUGCCAUCCUUCAUAAGCUGUCAGAUGCAAUCUCUAAAUGACCAUGUCAGAAAUAUUUUAUCAGAUUUCUUACAGCUGCUUUAAUACAGCUGAGAAAAUGCUUUGUGAAUGCUGGGGGUGAGUGGGGUGUUAUCGCACUCGCUGGCUACAUUAUCAUUCUAGACAUGCUUCACUGAGCAGCAUGGCAUAGCUGACAGGGGGGCAGUGGUACGGGCUAACAAGUCCCUGAAUUCCAGCCCAGUGACAGCAUACCACAGAUACAGUAGCAUUCUUGACCAGUGAGCACAACACAUGUCAUCCACAAACAUGUCACCUAACUUCCAAGUACUCAAGCAGCGUACUAAAAACUGGCUUGGCAUCUUGGGAGAAAAGACACUAUGACACAGAGGUUGCUUCACGCGACAACAACCACCCUCUUGUCGCUGCCUCCCUGGACUCAUGGCCCUGCUGGUGCAAGACAGUCGGCGAUACACAGAGCAGUAAAAGAAUCAAGAACAAGACACAUUUCAAAAGGGUUUGCUGAAUGAUAGACCCUGCCGCCAGAAGACAAAUAAUUUCAUGGGCCUGUGUUUUUAAAUACGAGAACCCAUGUCCAGACUGGUAGGAGGCAUAAAUUAAAUGGGAAAUAGACCGUGUACAGGACGGAUCCCACUGAGCAGCUGGAGCUCAUAAUCGAAAUGAAUUUGUUGAUCAAACAUGUUGUUAAAAUAAAAAUGAAAAAAAGUCAACUACUUUUCAUUAUUACCCCUGAAAAACGAAACCUGAUUUUAUGCCCAGUUCUUGUAUCACAACAUGACAUCUCAAACCUUAUAAUUAAAAACAACCAACCAUCGUACAUUAGAAGCAAUACUUAACUGGCUGCCAUUAACAAGUAGGCUAUCAGCUGUAAAACUGAUCCAUUGAGAUCUGAACCCAACAUUGACGCUCAAACUCAUGUCUGAAUCCAGGCUGCAAGUGCCAAACACUUUACCACAAUUAUGGCUAAUUUGACGCUUAAGUUAUUAAGGUCAACAUCCUUUUAACAUCCAAGAUUAUAAUACUAUGGCACAAUUUAGUUGGUGUGCCAAAUAGGAUUUGAGUACAGAGGAAAAAUCUUAAAAUACGCUGAAAGUAUAUUAAACUGUUGCGUCUAAUUCGUCACUCAAAAAGCAUGCGAUUUAAUAAGGCACUUACAGAGUCUCUUUUGGAAAGUUGCCAUUGAGGAUCAACCAAUUUACAUAUUAUUUUGGCUCAUGUUCUACAGAGAAAUCUGGAAUGUAGCUGUAGCAGGAAGGUAGUAUUCAAAGAGACCAAAAACACCAUCGCAAAAUUAAAAAGAUUGAGCAGAAUGAGGAAAAACAAAUGCGCUUCACAGACUACCGUUGAUCAAGGCUUGCUCUUUAUACUAAUUCUAAUUCACAGCUUCACAAGAACCAUGCUUGUCACCCUGAAAUCAAACCAACCAGCAGUAGUUGAAUGUGGCUGACAAAAUCAUGGAAAACAUUGGAGCACCCCAAGCAUAUCUCCAAGUGACCUCUCAGUCUCGGGGCAAGAUAUACAAAGGACAUGAUGCAACGAUUGCAUUGUGGAUCUCGUAAGUGGCAGACACACCACACAAGUAUUUCAGACGAACCUUGCUUGCGGACAUCCUCCACAGCAGCUGUCAGCUCAUCCUUAAGAAAUUGACUCUCCUUUGCAAUCUUCUCUCCUUUCUCCAAAAAGUUUUGGGUUGCAGUCUCAACAGAAGCAGCCAAAACAUGAGCUUUCUUGGAGCGCCCCUUCUUCUUGUUGGAUGGCCCUUUGUUACUUGUGUUAACCAGGGUGGUAACCUAUGCCAGAAGAAUCAAUCAAUAAACAAUAUGAGGUAGCGGAAAAUGACAUAACAUGUUUUCUCGACAUGUUGCCUAAUAUUAAGGUUCAGAAAUAGAAGAGUAUCCAAGCAAUCCCUUAAAAUGUCAAAAGGGACACUAGUAAGCAAGUCAAAACAAUGUUUUGAGAGGAACAGCCCAAUAUGUCUUUUAGUUCAUUAAAAAAAACAACACUAAUCAGUAAUAUAUGAUAAAAGUAUGGUAUAUCAGUACUACUUUUUUUUAGUUACUCAAGUUGUACAAAACACAAAUUAUACAAAAAUACCUGGGUAACCAAGGGCUCUAGCAACCUCUCGACUGCCAAGGUGCGGAUCUCCAGGCUUUUUGGGUCCCAUUUGAAAUUGAUGUUUGCUGUGUUAAUGCUGGUCAUCGUGUCUGGAAUCCUGGAAAAGUAAAAGUACAACAGUCAGAAAACUGCAGCUUAAUAAAAAAAGAAUAAGUCAAACAUUUUCUGAAAUAAUCUAUAGGCAAGACGUCUUCACCCAAAACUGUUUAGCAAGAUCUAGUAACAUAUUAUUCAUCACAAAAUGUGAGCAAAAUGCUGAACAACAGUGUCCUAUUUUAAUUCUUUCUUUCGAGGCAGCAACCGCAGCUACAUUGAUUUGCCAUCAAACACAGAGGAGCAAGGAUAAUCAAAAAGCCCUGGGGAGAAAAAGGCAUGAAUAGAAAGUUGGUCAGCGGCAUUUUGGAGACAAUGAGAUUGCUAUUAACCUAGAUUGUAAACAAAGCGGUUAAAAUGUUACUGGAUUAGCAGAAAAUGUAAGACAUCAUUUAACUGUUUUGAAUGUUGACACACAUACGAAACAGGCAGCUACUUACUCAGCUCAUAUAAAUAUACAUGCAUUUGCAACAUCGGGCUAUAAAUUAAAUGCUACCCACAAGUAUAAAUGAUCUAUCGAGUGCUGCAGUGCUGCAAAGCACAGGAUUAGAAUCGCACACCCAAGAAACAGAGAGGAAUUCUCACACUCAUAACUAAGAGAAUAUAGUUCUAUAAGGCUUCAUUUGAAAUGAAUGUUCAGAUAACGCCAAUAGUGGGACAGUGAACGGAUGCUCACAUUUUGGGGGUGUUCCAGAUUACCAUUUGAAUCCACAAAAUAUAACAACGUGCGGAGAAAAGCACAGCGCUUUCGUCUGUGUGCGUUCGUGAGCAGGUUUUUCAAUGUUACUGCCACCCGGUGUCCAAUGCAACCCAAGGCAGUCAAUGAUAGUUGAAAUUAUAUAAAAGGCAUUGAAUAAUAAUGAAUAAUAUUAAUAAUAAUGGGGAAAUAAAUAGAGUAAAAUACAGUUGAAGAUGUAAGUAGAAAUGUAAAUGAGUGGCGAGUCUUUUGAAGUUAUAUAUUAUUUAAGUUAUAGGUCUUAUCUAUUCCUUAUUUAUCAUAGCUCAUUAAAUAUAACUCACUUCUGAAACUAAUGAUCUGUCUUGAAUAAGAGUGCAUUGUCUUCAUGAAUUUAAUGGAUUAAGAGUUUACAGAGGUGGUGUGAGUUAUAAAUAACUAAUGGUUAUCUAGUGCUAAAUCAGACCAAACCGAAAACUAUCUAUGUCCACUGAAAAGGUGUGGCGUGUCCUUGUCACAUGUACACUCAAUAAAGCAUAUCAAUACUCUUUGUGGCAAAACUAGAGCAUUUUCUAAACUUCGACUUUAUACCCACUUCAAAGCAGUAAACGUCCUUUAGAUCUAAGGCACAAGGUCUGUCGAAACAAACCACGUCAUAUUCUAAAGUUCUCCAUUAGAAUAUGACAGAGGUGGGUGGUGGGGUGGAAAGAGGCAUCGCAGCGAAUUUGUAAAGGAAACAUUUUUUUAAAUAAAACCUCUCCGCGCACAGAAGGCGUCAGACAUACUAAGAACUACAUGUUGCGAGUCCGUGGGAGAGAACAAGUUACGGUUGACUGAAGCGAAACUACGCCUAAACUGAGCACCUUUGACGUCACGUACACAAGUUCCCUAAAUGCCACUCUCAAGUUGAGCUGUAAAGUUUAGGUUUAAGUCAAACAAAUGAGCUUAAAUCUCGGCUAAAGCGCCGGAUACAGAACGACAACACGCCAGAUGGGAGAGCAACAGGGUGGGUCACAGACUUUGGCAGCUAGGUGCUAACAAUAAGUAGCUCAGGUCUCACCUGCCUCGGUCGAGCUCACCAAAACAAGUCGUUGCAUGUCUUCAACCAGAAUUAUGAACGCAACUGCUGUUAACAGACACACUACCUUUACAAAAAGACUGUCUUAAUUCCAUCGCUGGUCGAAGUUAAACGCGAAAUUAAACGCCCGAAACAACAUUGCUAAAGCUAAUGCUAGUCGACAACAAGUGUAAGGAUUGCGCUGUGGCUCACACGAAGUAUUAUAAACAAACGACACGGUAACUACCAUUGUCCACACAACAAAGCAAAGUGGGUAGAAUAACUUAAAAGUGAGUGGUUUGCUGGGAUAAAGUUAAAAGUUCAAAAUGGAGGCGUGGAAAGUCCUGAAGUUUUCCUCAACUCACCGAUUCAGUGACGCACUUUCUUCCCGACUAAAUCGAAUAUGUGUUACAGACUCAAAAACUACUAAAGAACAGACAGCGGGAAAGUUCGAUCGCUCGUUACCUUAAAGUUUCGGUCAGAACUGUUUCGGUGUCGGAUACUUCCCAACAAUGGCCGAGCAGAAGUGGGGCUUUGGGCGGUGACUCACUUCCUGGCAGCGGCUGACCACAGGCUGCUACAAGCCCACGAACGUCGAGGUGUACCGGGCGUGGCAACGGCUGCCUCGCUCCAAAUACGGCUUAAUUGUUGUGGAGGAAGAUCCAAGAGGAGAUCUGCUCACCAUUUAAAUUCAAAUGAUCAAAGAAAAAAAAAAAAGAUCUUUAUGACGUCACACGACCUUCAUGUCGAUUAAAAAAGUUAGUUUUUUUAGUUUCGUUGAUAUAGAGAUACAUUUUAAUCGUAUGCUUUUAUUUAUUUGGCCUGAUGUCUAAUGACAUAAAAUGUAUUAUCUUAUUUUACACUAUGGAUUAAAAAAGUUUAUUUUGUUAACUCCUCUGCAGUCAUCGUGAAAUUUGGGCUUUCACUUUAAAACCAUUUAUUACAAUAAAUAAUAAUCUGAAGCAUCAUCUUAUAUUAGUUUAAUUAUUUACCUUUUAAAUCCACUUUUUUAAAACGCAAUCAUUGUUUCUUCUCUUUACUUUAAUAUUGUUUUCUGUCAUUACAUUUAUAAUCUAACAAAUAAUCGUUUUGCAACAUUGUCUUUCCCCUACAUUACAAAUAUUCCUGGAAACAACGUGAGUGAUUUGCCCGAUGCACUUGUAUUAUCUGCAAAAAGUAAUACAGGUUCUGAUUUGCAGCUUGGACUGAUAACACAAAGGUUAUUUGAUAAGAGCGUUCUACAGAGAAACAUUUUGAUUUGAAGUGAAGUGUGAAAUCCAUAAAUAGAUUUACUGUAGCGCCUCCAUGCGACACAAUCCAAAGCACUUUGUCAUUGCAGUGCCCUCAUACAUCACACAUUCUUAGCUGUAGUUUGACUACAUUUGUGUUUUUACAUUCUAUCUUGCGGUAUUUGCUACCAAUCUAAGCGUAUUAACCAAGCCACUUCAGUGACAGAGAGGGAGUGCAACAGCUGCUUCUUCAGCUCUGUGUCGCUCUUGUUCCAGCUUCUCCUGAAGCCCACGAGAGGUAAAUUACCUUAAUUUCCCGGUGGGAUCUGUUCUGGUACAUGGUGUUAAGUGUUUUGUGGAUGUGAAGGAUAAGCUGGUGCAAGAGCUCCCAUAUCCUGCAUGUGCUUAUCAACAUCCUUGACUUUCUGCUACUGGUGAAUCCUUUCUUGGCACGUUCUGUCUCUGAAGCCCCGCCGCUGCAGCUGAGACCGGCUUCAUUCACACAGCAGAGGAAACACAUGAUCUGCGGAUCAGUGCCAGAGAACAUCUUUUUCAGCUCAUUGUGAGCAGAUGGCCUCCUCGAGCUUUAUCCAUAACAGUUGCACACAGUGCAGUUUGCGGCAUCUGUGUUAAAGACACUGGUCAGAUCUUAUUUCUCGAGCUUAUGAUACAUCUUGUACUGAAUCACGACAUGGUUCACAGGAAAUGGUCACUUUAUUCGAGUGAGAUUACACAGUGUAUACAGCUGAACAUCAGGCCUGACAGUAAUGAGCUCCUUGGUGGAGAGUUGCACUGUCACAGUGCGUUUGCAGGUCUCAAAUAAAUUUAGACAAACUUCCCCAUUGAGCAGAAUUAGAGAAGUAUAAUCUAAACCACUGUAAAUUCUGGACCAUA